GAUGAGAAGUUGAAUCGCUUCUCCAAGCAAAGGACCAUUUCAUUCAAACACUAUUUACCGUGUUCUCAUUUGUUAGUCUCCUAAACGUGGCGCUACUCUACCCAAUCGGACGGCUCACUUUUUUCUCACAUUGUGGGAGCUCGCUAUCGUACUUCGAGCUCAUUUAACACGCCCGGAGGUUAAGACAAAAUUUGUUUGAAGCGGUGCUCUACAUGAUAUGCGGUUAACGUUUCAUUUUCUGAGAUCUCAUCAGGAAAAAUAAAAUCAAUCAAAAUCACAACAAAUUUUCUGCAGGAAAUUUGGUUAUCAAUACCAUUUUUAUUAGAAGAUCUAGCAAAUGAACAGGUCUGCUGGAGCAGGACAUUAUUGAGCAGCACUUCAAAAAAGUGUUUUGGAGUGAUCAUCAAUUAGGUUUCGGAGUCCAGACUUGUGAUCUACUACACAGAUGGGUCGGGGAAGGGGAAGAAGAAGGCACGGCAAUGGAAGUGGAUCAGGGAAAGGAGAAGAUAUGGUAGAAGAAUUUGGAGAGCCGUCGGGGGGCAGGCACAGGGGAGCUUCUCAUCAUCGUCUCAGGAAUAAUAGACAUGGAAUUGGUGGCUUCAGACGGGGUGGCUAUUCUGGUCAAAGCUUAUUUGUGGAGGGAGGAGCUUUAGCAGAGUGGCAGCCUCUCGGCAAUUCAAGAGAAAGUGGUAGAAGGAGCAUGCAGUGCCGUGUUGAUUCUCAGAGACCCAGUGCUUCUACUUCUGGAAGGGGUAGACGACAAGGGCUGAAAGAUAGUCAUAACAGGCCUCACAUUUUACAUAAGAACAAUAAUGCUAUCAGCUACAGCUACCCUGAUGUGGAGAUCACAGUGGGCUCCCCUUCUAUCAGCUAUCGUUAUUCUGAUGUGGAGGCUGCAACUGAUUCUCCUUCAUUUGGUUUGGGUUAUGAUGGAAACUCUAGCACACCGCAUGCUUCCAAGAAUCAGUCUCUGGGCACUAUUGACUCAGCAGCAGAAGUGAAAGUUACUGCAAUCUCUACAACAUGUAACACAAUUUGUCCAGUAACUGUUCUUCCUUCUUCUGAAACUCAAGUUGCAGUUUUUCUUGACAAAAAUCCUAGUAAGGGGCUCACCUCUGAAUCUGCUACAUAUCAUAGAAGCACAGAUAUUGAAUUAAAUGAAGAAACUAGGCCAGGAUUAGGAUAUCCCUUGGAGACGGCGAUACUAUCUCCAGCCGAAGAUUAUCUGGAGGCUAUUGAUUCAGCACCAGAAGUGGAAGUUUCUACAAUCUCUACGCCAUGUAACAAAAUUUGUCCAGCAAUUGUUAUUCCUUCUUCAGAAACUCAAGUUGCAGUUUUUCUUGACAAAAAUCCUGGUAAGGGGCUCACAUCUGAAUCUGCUAUAUAUCAUAGAAGCACAGAUAUUGUUUUAAAUGAAGAAACUAGGCCAGGAUUAGGAUAUCACUUGGAGAGGGCAAUACCACCUCCAGCUGAAGAGUAUUUGGAAUUACCUGAUGAAGAGUGCAAAGGUGGACAAACUAAUAAAGCACUAGAGACAUCUAACAGGAAAAAAAAGAAAAAGGGUAGAUAUUGGAAGCAAGGGAAAUGGAAAAAGGAGACAAGCACAGAUAAAAAUAAAAAUGAAGGAUUUUUGGUUAUCGGAGGUGCACGUAUUUAUACUACAGAUGUUUCUGUUCGAGAAGAGGUAGAUAGUGUGAUGCUAGACCAAUAUGAGGAAGGCAGUUCAAAAAGCUGUGGUCAGCUCAGCAGUGAGAUAGUGGGUGAACCGAGGGCAAUGAGUGGAGAGAUUUCUUCCACCAGCAAUUCUGAUGUGUUAUCUGAGUCUUCAGAGUACUAUGAAAGUGGGUCUGAUAUAGAUGAUGAAACAGCACUAGACUAUUUAGAGGGAUUAGGUGGCAGUUAUUCUGAAUUGCUAAAAGCUGAGUGGUUACUGGAUAGAGGUGCAUUAGAACAGAUAUCCCAUGGAGAAAUGUCAGAAAGCACUGAUGAAGAAUCCAUAGAUUCUGAAAGCAGUGAUGAGGCAGACGAUGGACAAAAUGCAUUUGAAAAUCUGACAGAAAAAUGUAGCUCAGGGAAAGGGAGCUUCAGAAAAUCUAUUGCUAAUGAAGUCUGUGAUAUAAAGAUGGAGAAGCUUAGGCAAAGUAUUUUGUUUGAUGAGCAAGAUAGUGACGGAUCAGAAGCAGAGUUUCAGACACACUUUGGCAAUAGAAGUUUUAGAAAAGAGGAUGCGGAUGGUCAAGAAGCAAUUAAUCAUCAAGAUAGUAUUGAGAAAAGUCUUGCCGGUAUUGUAAUUUCAAAAGAUUUUAGAACUCCUUCAAACAAGAAGAAGAACAAGUCUGUCCAUACUCCUCAUACUUGGUCAGUUGAUAAGAAAAACAUUAAAGAUAAGGGAGUUCCAGGUGCAAAGAAGAAACAUCACAAGGAGACAAUAGCUGCAAAACGCCGGGAAAGAUCUCUACGUCGUGGAGUUGAUCUAGAAUCAAUUAAUCAUAGUUUGGAAAAGAUGGUGCUAGAUUCAGUUGACAUGGUAGCAUUCCAGCCAAUGCAUAGUCGUGAUUGUUCACAGGUUCAGCGACUUGCUUCAAUUUAUCGCUUGAAAAGUGGACGACAAGGUUCUGGCAAGAAAAGGAUUGUGACGGUGACUCGCACAAAACACACGUGUAUGCCGUCUGCCAGUGACAAAAGCCGAUUGUUGAAGUUGUUGGGUGAUGGUUGGGAAUCAGACGAAGUAAGUUAUAGAAGCUCGUUCAACAAGGCAAAGCCCUCUUCAGAAAAAAAUCGAAUGGAUGCUAAAGGAAGGCGUGCUGCUCGCAAAGCUUAUUGCAGCAUGAAACAUGAUGAAUCCUUUUUCCGCGAAUUCAAGAGUACUCCAUCUAAGAUUGUCUAUGUUCAUUCGGGUAACACUGCUGUGUCUGGCAAUAAAAAGGUGGGUACCCUUAAAAAGAGUGAGAGGAGACGUGUUACUGACUAUGCAAACCAGCCAAUGUCGUUUGUUUCUAGUGGCACGAUGGAACCAGAUGCCGGCAUUGCUGAAACAUCUGUUUCGUGUGUAAAUAUAGCUGAAAUAAAUGUUAAAGCCCAUCAAAAUGGGUUGAGCUUAGAAAGAAAGGUUUCAGUAAGUUCAUCCAAAAUGGGUAGUUUCGAAGUUCAUACAAAAGGUUUUGGGUCUAGAAUGAUGGUAAAAAUGGGCUUCGUUGAAGGGACUGGCCUGGGGAAAGAUGGACAAGGUAUUGUCCAACCUAUUGAAGCAAUAAAACGACCAAAAUCACUAGGCUUGGGCUUGUAAUUUGUAUUACAUUUUGGCUGACAAAUUGUGUAUUCAUUAUUCUCUAAAAUAUUGAUAUUUGCAUUUAAAAACGUUUCCAGUGGCUUUGGAUGAUAUUCUUUUCCAUUAGGAGCCGUGGAAAAUAAAUAGAUGAUCCUGUGAAUACUUCUAACAUGUGAUGCAAGCAACAAGACAGAGAUUUCCUUAAACAUGGCUGAGCAUUAGUGGGUUAUUCUUACAUUCUUUUAAGUUGUAAAUGGAUAUAUGAAACUUAUAUAUAAAAUACAAAAUAUUCUAUUUUUAUCA